GUGACUGAGAAAUCACUACCAAGACAACCUAGAUAACAUUACUACGUAGACCGCUCUCAUCGUACUGGGCUAGAGAUUCAUUUUCUGUUUUGUUGUUUGAGCCAGCAGAGUCCCACCCCUGAAACUCCAAUCUCCAAACACUCACUUCCUUUAGGUGACAAAGCUGCCCUAUCUAUCUACUUCCAGUCUCAUAUCAUUCUCCCUUUUAUUUCCUCGACUAUCCUCUCCGUCUGUUGCACAAAUCUCGAAUCGCACCCCUCUUAUUACCCUCGAUCAUCCUUUAUAACCUUCAUGACCCCCCAUUCUCCGCACUACGUCGAGCUUAGACUGCCAUUUACUCUCCGCCCGACACAUUUCAACCCCACCUAUUGAGGCUUGUGCACCCGCGCCCAGCACCUGCACUUCUGGCUGCGCCUUUUCGAUCCCAACCCACGAGACAGACGGUCAAUCAACUUCGUCCUCCAACAAUCAAGUCACUCCUUAGGAAUUAUAUUACCUCCUUCUUCUUACCCUCCCCCAAUCUCACCGACCCUCCGUUACUCGCUCCCCCCGACCCUUCGAUCUUUUAUCACUUCCAGCCUCAGCUAUGUCGUGGAAGUUGACCAAGAAACUCAAGGAAACUCAUUUGGCUCCUCUGACAAGUGGCUUUGGCCGCUCGACCUCGACCUCGACCAUUAAAGGCGAGGAGCAUCCAGCCAACUCCGCCGACACGCCCGACCUGACCACAACCCCCAGCAAUGUUAGUGUAUCAUCAAAUAAUGGCAUUGCCGCCUCCGAGAGCUUGGCCUCACCGCCCGUCCAGCAAACGAAACCGGGUAUCUUAAUCGUGACAUUGCACGAGGGGAGAGCGUUUUCAUUGCCACAACAAUAUCAAUCAGUCUUUAGCAGCCAUUAUGGCUCGCCAGGUGUGUCCGGAUCGGUGAGACCAAGUUCCUCAUAUGCUGCUGGGUCGAUAGCAGGAUCAUACGCCCAGUCGAAUCGUCCCGUUUCCACCCAUGGAGGCAUCAACUCUGCCCCCACCAUCCACGGCAGGUACAACAGCAAAUAUCUCCCUUAUGCUCUUCUGGACUUCGACAAAUUACAGGUCUUUGUCGACGCCGUUUCCGGCACUCCCGAGAAUCCCUUGUGGGCUGGUGACAAUACCUCUUUCAAGUUCGAUGUUUCACGGGUAUGUGAACUAAGUGUGCAACUGUAUCUGCGUAACCCAGCAGCCAGACCAGGUGCGGGGAGAAGUGAGGAUAUCUUUCUUGGUGGAGCCAGGGUUACCCCGAGGUUCGAGGAGGCUCGUACCUUCGUCCCGGACCCAAAAAAGAGCAAGAAAGAAAACGAAAAGGACGAGGCCAAUUUUCACUCGGAGAAACAGGCAGGACAACUCGGAACGGAAUGGCUGGACGUCCAGUUCGGAACCGGUACCAUCAAAGUGGGCGUUAAUUACGUCGAGACUAGGAAGGGCAGCCUCACAAUGGACGAUUUUGAGUUGCUGAAAGUGGUUGGGCGCGGUAGCUUUGGCAAGGUGAUGCAGGUCCUGAAAAAAGACACAGGUCGGAUAUACGCCCUCAAGACCAUCAGAAAGGCUCACAUCAUCUCUCGAUCCGAAGUGGCGCACACCCUGGCCGAAAGGUCGGUCCUCGCCCAAAUCAACAAUCCCUUCAUCACGCCUCUCAAAUUCUCCUUCCAGUCGCCGGAUAAACUCUACUUUGUCUUGGCCUUUGUCAAUGGAGGAGAGCUUUUCCAUCAUCUUCAGAAAGAGCAGCGAUUCGACAUCAAUCGGUCGAGGUUCUACACGGCAGAGCUGCUCUGCGCCUUGGAAUGCUUGCACGGCUUCAAGGUCAUCUACCGUGACUUGAAGCCCGAGAACAUUUUGCUCGACUACACCGGACACAUUGCUCUAUGCGACUUUGGGCUAUGCAAGCUGGACAUGAAGGAUGAAGAUCGGACAAACACAUUCUGUGGCACGCCAGAGUACCUUGCACCAGAACUCCUCCUCGGCCAUGGCUACACCAAGACGGUCGAUUGGUGGACGCUAGGUGUUUUGCUGUACGAAAUGCUCACGGGUCUACCGCCAUUCUAUGACGAGAACACGAAUGAGAUGUACCGCAAGAUCCUUCAAGAACCCCUGCAUUUCCCCGGACCCGAGAUUGUUCCUGCGGCCGCCAAAGACCUGCUACAGAAGCUACUAGACCGCAACCCUGAGCGAAGACUAGGCGCGGGUGGUGCAGCCGAGAUCAAGGCGCAUCACUUCUUUGCUGGAAUCGACUGGAGGAAGCUCCUACAGAGGAAGUAUGAGCCGAGUUUCAAGCCCAAUGUGGUGGACGCGAGAGACACGGCCAAUUUCGACAAGGAGUUCACGUCCGAGGUGCCCAAGGACUCGUUCGUGGAGGGACCCAUGCUUUCCCAGACAAUGCAGCAGCAAUUUGCAGGAUGGUCGUACAAUCGGCCAGUUGCAGGCCUGGGAGACGCAGGUGGCAGUGUGAGGGAUCCUUCCUUCGAUCAGCUGCAUUGACCACCGAGAAUCGAGCGUGUUUUUCCUUGAUGAGCUACGAAAGGGAUGAAAACCGAAGUUGUCGCAUUGAUGGGUGUCUUUUCAACAUUGGCCGCACACAGCACAAGAAAGAAACAGAGAAUGAUGUUUUUUUUUCAGGUGGGAAAGGUACAUGGCACAUAGGUUGGAUUGGGUUGCUUCCACACUCUACAGCCUCACAGGGUGGCUGCCUCUGUUGCUUACCUCGCCGAAACGGGACUUAGAAGAGGUGGCUUGCCAGUGGAGAAAUUCAAGUCAGAUCGCAUAGGAGUCAUUUCUGGAACAGGGCUAAAGACCUGUCUGAUUGUCCGUUUAUUGUAUUUGCUACGGUCGUAUCGCAUAGAUCGUCAUUGAGAUGCCUUCUCCAUGGUAAGGGUAUCAACACGUGCAGCCGUCUGAGCCAGAGCCCGUCAGGGUAUAACCAGGGAACGUGUGAAUAGCGGAACCAACUGCAUGCCC